GCCAUCUCGCAAGGGACGAGACGACACGAGAUAUGACGAGAAUUUGUAAACAGCGAAGCUCGUUCGAAAACGUUAUCUUUGGACCUUCAGUAAAUACAUGGUUGUGCAUUUCGGUCUAUGAUACUUAUUUUUUUCUGGAAAUUUGCCGUUUUUGACACAGUUCCUGCUCAGCCAUGGCUCCUCUGGAGGGAGUUCCGUGUCAGCUUGUACGUAUUAUGGAGUGUAAACAAGGUGCAGUUCGGGCUGUUAGGUUUAAUGUUGAUGGAGAGUACUGCAUGAGCUGUGGUUCCGACAAAUCAGUCAAGUUGUGGAAUCCUCACAAGGGAACGCUGCUUCAUACUUACGCUGGACAUGGCUAUGAAGUCUUGGAUGCCCGGGGAUCAAGUGACAAUUCUUCAGGAAUGAUUAUGACUCUCAUACACGCUGUAGAGGUUAAAAGUUGGACAUCUGUCAAUUCAGGAAUGGGAUAUUACAUGGAUCCUGUUAGAACACUGAGCCUUUGUGGCUUGAGCAAUCGGUGGCCAUUAAGUGAACAAAAUUCACAAAAAAUACACAGGAUUUGGAUUUGUUUGGACAAAUCGUCCCAGGUACUAGAUGAAGCUAAGGAUGCUGUAAUGACUGUGUCUGUAUCUGCUCAUGAAAUUCUGACCUCCUCUUUGGACUGCUACACACGUGUAUAUGACUUGCGGAAUGGGAAGCUUAUGUCCAACUGUAUAGGAGAAAGUGUAACCUGUGCAACCUUCAGCGGAGAUGGUCAGUGCAUUUUAGCAUCCACGAUGGGUUCCUCUCUUCGACUGAUGGACAAAGAGACGGGAGAAUUAUUGUCCCAUUAUACAGGCCAUAGCAGCAAAGACUAUAAGGUUGAGAGCUGCUUCACUUCCUCCGACACACAUGUCAUGUCUGGUUCAGAGGAUGGCUAUGUGUAUUGUUGGGACCUCGUUAAAGGAACACUUUAUCUUAAGUAAGUAAAUAAGGGGGCGGGGGUCUCUCAUCCUCUGUCUCCAUUCUCCCAUACAGAGUCUUACCUCUUGACAGCUACCCUUGGCCAGAUGUGGUUUUGGUCAGCCGAGCCUCAGGGUAGAGCAGGAGAACACAUGAGUGGCACUGCAACAGGAAUGUCAACGUUGCUCAUGUGGCAAGAUGGCUAGGAUGGGAGAUGAAAGUGGACAGACUGUAACAAUUUAUCUGUCUAUUUAUCUGUCUGUUUCUACAUGCAUAUAUGCAAUAUAUUUAUGUUUGAAAAUUAAAGAUAAUUCUAAAUGAG